AUGAAAGUUCUUCUUCAGCAUCUGAGCACAAUGCAUUACGAUUGUGGUUUGGAGCGGACAAGUCAUGACCGUGGAUGUGAGGCGGGGACUAUUUCUCGUCCCUUCUUCGAGGAAUUGGUGGAGAAGGACAACUGUGGCCAUGAGGAAACCUACUCUGCUAAUAUUGAAGGCUUUGAAGAAUCUCUUGGAACGGAUGGCUCGAGUUCCUAUUCAACUCCGAUUCUUAGUCCGGCAUCGUCCUCGACAAGCUUCAAGAGCUGUUUCUCAGCUUUCGGUACAUAUUUUCUCAGCGACAUCUCCUUCAGUGCUACUAAAUCUGAACUGCCUUUAACAUCCUUGUUUCAAUUUUUCUUCAGAGGAUUCUGAGGCAGAUGUGGACUCAUCUUCUGGGUGAGAAAAUGCUUCACAUUAUUUAUUGUUUUCAUGGACGUAAGCCUAUUUACUUGAUCUGCACCAAGACCUGCCUCUUCCAAUAUUACGCCUGCAUUUAUUUUUUAUGUGAUCUCCGUAAGCUGGCACGAUGAUAGAAAAUAAUUUAAAUCACUCAUUUUCUUCCUUAUUUGGCGACUUUGAUAAGAUGAAUGUGCAUGUAUGUGUUGAUCAAUCUGUUCUCACGUUAGAGUUAUUCGUUUACAUUCUGUCAACCAAUCAGGGAGGAAGAUGAACAUCUGAGCAUGUGUAAACAGCAUCACAGCCUUGAAGUUUGGCAAGGUUCGCAAUCUGAAGAUGAUGAGCUUUCACCAGAGCAUGUUGACAUUGAGGUCGAAUGUUUUGACUCCAAGAAUAAUGGGGAUGACUUUAACGACUCUAUUCCACCAACUUCAGACAUGUUGCAUAAUCAGAUGAACAGUAAUGUUGAGGAGUUGUCUGGUGAUCUCGCAUCGGCAGGUCCCCCACAUAAAACGUCCCCAGAUGAUUUAGAUGAAGAACAGAAUGCUAUUGACAUCACUAGUCGAUUAAUUUUGGGGAACAUAGAAACAGAUCCUCUUAUCUGGUUGCCUCCUGAUUCAGAGAUCACAGAUGACGCAGAGUGCGCCGCGACUACAACUGACGACGCUAAAUGGGGUGUGACGAGUUCCCAAAGCCGAUUGAGUGAUCAUCAUAAACAAGAACGGCAUAAAGCAAUGGUGGAGGCAAUGAACAGUCGGUUCAAGUUCCUCGUGAGGCAAUUCUUGUCAGCAGAGGGCAUUCCUGCCUCCAUGGAAGAGUCUGGUGACAGUUGGCUGGACAUUGCUUCUUCCUUAUCAUGGGAAGCUGCACUGCUUGUCCAGCCGGACACUAAUGAUGGGAAUCCUAUGGAUCCUGGGCUAUAUGUGAAAAUUAAAUGUGUCGCAUGUGGUUCUCCCAGUCAGAGGUAAUCAAACGAACGCCAUAAUCUUCUAAUCAGUUUACCUACAAGUAGUACUUUUAUUUUUUGACGUUGUAUGGUAAGAAUUUUCUUACAUAAAUAUUCUGUGGGCUAUGCAGUCAACUGAUAAAAGGCCUGGUUUUCAAGAAGAACACUGCACAUAGGCACAUGCCGUCAAGGUGUAGAAAUGCCAGAUUGCUACUCAUUCAAGGUGUUCUUGGGCAGAAGGCAGUUGGUUUGUCAUCGUUUGACUCCAUGGAACAGGUGGGUACGCACUAAAUGUGCCUAAAUUUUUCGAAUUAAAUAUGUAUGUUGUCUCACCUGAAAUCUUGGUACUGCACGCAGGAAAUGGAUUAUCUAAAGGCUACCAUUGACAUGAUAGAUGCAUGCCAUCCAGAUGUGGUUUUGGUAGAGAAAACGGUGUCUCGUGAUAUACAAGAGUUUCUUCUGGAGAAAGGAAUCUCUUUGGUCUAUGAUAUGAAGUUUAACCGCUUAAAGAGAAUUUCUCUCUGUACUGGUUCGCCGAUUAUCUCUUCCGCCGAGAUUCCAAUCAGUCCAGAGCUAAAGCAAUGCGAUCAUUUCCAUAUUGAAAAGUUUUUUGAGGAGCAUAUGUGUUGUGGUGAAGGCGGAAAGAGGCAAAAUAAGACUCUGAUGUUCUUUGAGGGCUGUCCAAAGCCUCUCGGAUGCACGGUAAGUGAUCCCUCCAUUUGUCAUUCAUAGUAGUUCACUUAGAAAAAUACAGUUCAUUCAAUAAUUCGAAUGACUUGGGAUUCCAUAGAAAGGGAUCCCGACUUAGGAUCUUUCGAUAUUUUGACAAGUGCUACUAUUUGGAGAAAACAGUACAAUGAACAGCAAACCCCCUUGCGAUAUCACAUUGAUACAAGUACAUCAGAUUAUUUCUACUCUAACUUUGUUUAAACGUAGGAUACAAUUAUUUCUGAUUGCAGAUUUUGCUUAAGGGAGAUCAGAACGAAAAACUGAAGAGGGUGAAACGCGUCAUACAGUCUGCAGUUUCUGCUGCUUAUCAUUUAAUUUUAGAAACCUCAUUUUUGGCAGAUCAAAGGGCAAUUUUCUCGGACAUUCGCAAAAUUAAUUAUUCCUUAUCAGAUGAUAGUAUCUCUACCAUUACACGUAAUUCUUCUACCUCAGACAGAAUCAUUCCUAGCCCCGAACAAUCUUCAACAUGCACACUUGCAUAUGAUAUGGACAUCUCCAUCGCCGGUGAUAUGCAUGGGAAUUCUCCUAAAGAAGAAUAUUUCAGCAAAGAUACAGUGACAGAAGGAGAAAAUGGAGUCGGAGAUAUUGCUGAAUCCAAACCUGGUGUUUCUUCCCGUGAAAAUUGUCCUGCACCAAGAGGCUUGCAUGAUGAGGUUCCUGACCAUGGACACUUUGAGCAAGCGUCACAUUUUAACGGACGAAGUAACGUUGAAAUCUGUGGACUGACCCAGUUUCCAAAGAAGGGUUAUAUCGACAAUAUUUUGGAUAACCAAGGCAUUUUGAUUUUGCGCUCCAGGCAAUGCGUAUCAAAAGGGAUCAUUUGCGAAAGAAACCACCUUUCUCGUAUUAAAUACUAUGGGAAAUCCGAUGUGUCUCUCGGGCAAUUUCUUCAAGAAAUCUUACUCAACAAGGUUUGCGCAACCAUCAUAUUUCUUGUUGGCUAUUGCUGGUAGGGUUAUAAUACCUCCCAUUGCUGACAAGGGAUGCAUUGAUGGCAGGAGAAAAGCUGUUCUGCGUGCAGUGAAACACCACAAGCUCACUCUUAUAGCUACACUCACCAUAAUGGGAAUCUUACUGUCAUGAUCAAAAGGAUUCCCCCAGAAAAGCGUUUGCCAGGUGAAGCGGAAGGGAAAAUCUGGAUGUGGGCCCGCUGUACGACGCAUGGGCAGGGACAUGUCAGCCCUAGGGCGACAAGAAGGGUGAUGAUGUCCAAAGCUGGUCGAGGUCUAUCAUUUGGCAAAUUCCUGGAGCUCAGCUUUUCAAGCCGUUCUACUGAUGGGAAGAUUUCUCGACGUGGGCAUUUGCUGUACAGAGACCGGAUUCUUUUCUUCGGGUAUGAAUGAUUACUUGGCUUUGCUUUCUUACUGAUUUUUUUCACUGUCAAAUCUAUUGAUCCUUUUGAAUACGAACAGAUCGGGAUCCUCCGUUGCACUGUUCAUGUAUUCCUCCAUUGAUAUCUACACAGCUUGCCAGCCGCCACCGGUCUUGGAUUUCAGCAGCAGAACGGGUCAAGACCCGCUCGACAGAGAAGCCAGCGAUGUAUGUAAUCCGAUAUACAACCUUUUUAUCAAUCUGUUACCACGCACCAUUCGUUCUCAGUCUUUCUGGUUUUCUUUCUCAAGAUGCUUGAAAAGGGUAAGCAGCUCUUUUCGGAUGUCGCAAACCUGAUUGUGAAGAUAAAAUCGGAACCUUGCAAGCAACCCAGAAAGAACCAUGGCCCCAGAAUGGAAUUCCACCAAGUCGAGAAGAUGUGGAGAGAAGAGAAGUGUGCGUUCGAGGUUAGUAUGGCAGUCCGGUUCGUCAUAAUCAUGUCCACUAGAUUUCAUGAUUUUAUUUAAAUGUAUAUAUAUAUAUAUAUAUAUAUAUAUAUCUUGCCGCCCUCCACCAAGCUUCUUCGUUGGGUAUUUGUUCUUCUGUUCUAGGACUCCUUGACGAAUAUCAUGAACAAGAAUCAGGCGCUACAAAGCGGGCACAGAACACACAGUUUGCCUUUCAUGAAUCAAGUGCUCCUCCUCGAGCUGUACAUAUGGGACCGCCGGAUCGAUUCCCUCUGCUCUGUCCAAACCGAAGACGAGCUCUUACGAGCAGAAGAAGUCCACACGGAUGGUAAUGGUAAUGGUAAUGGUAAUGGUAAUUUUAAUGGUAAUGGGGAGGACUUCUCUUCAGAGAUGAAGCAGAGCCCCCCAACGGCGAUGUCAUCGUCUCCUCCGCCAGAGAGAUGGAAUACUUCUGACAGCACGCAGGCAGAUGAUAGCCGAAGAUCAUUGGACGCCAGCAUCUCAGACCAGGAUCACCUGCGGGGCUCACAUGGGUGGAUCUGGGAACCUUUCUCUGAUAUUCUCCGAGCAUAUGAAGGUGAUCUUUCAGGGGGCUCAUCGCAGAAGUUUGACUUCAUCCAGAACUACACCCCUCUGCAUCUUCCCCCGAAGCACCAGCUGGUCAGCCAGUACAGGGAGUGGAUGCACUUCCCGGUAGGCAUAGAUGGAGACGUUAUCUCGGUCUGCGAGGAGGAACUCUCCAGCAUCAUAGCAUUUGCUCUCGGCUUGGCUCAUGAACAGCACCUCCUGAACCAGCUGGGCUCGUACAAAUCGACGGAUAACAUCCAAAAUUUCGGGCAUCAAGAUCAUCAUCUUCCCGCUGACGGCACAUCAAACCAUGGAUUACGCACGGCAUUGAGCUGCCCAUCUGCUCUAUCCGAUGAACUGCUGAACCUCUCCGGCUCGCUCUUCGUCGACCACCUCCUGUUCUCAGAGAAUCUGCAUCCAGAGACCCGGGUGCCCAUUGGAAGGGCCGCGGACAAGACCGGAUUCGCCGUGGUCUGCUUAUUCGCGGAGCAAUUCCGCUCUCUCAGGGCCCGCUUCUGCCCAUCCGAGACGGCCUACAUCUCCUCAAUCGCCCGUUGCAAGAAGUGGAACGCUCAGGGGGGGAAGAGCAAGGCCCUGUUCGCCAAGUCUCUGGACGGCAGGCUGAUAAUAAAGCAGAUCAGCAGGACUGAGCUCGACUCCUUCCUGAGGUUCGCCCCGGAUUACUUCAAGUGCGUCUCCUCCUCACUGAGCUCAGGCAGCCAGAUGUGCCUCGCCAAGAUCCUGGGGAUGUACCAGGUGGGCAGCUGCUCCUUCCCCUGAACACCUGAUCUUUCUUUCCCAUUUAUGGAAAGCAUCCCCACUUUCCUCUUCCUUCGCAGGUCAAGCGGACUAAAAAUGGGAAGGAGACGAAGACCGACGUGGUGGUCAUGGAGAACCUUCUCUACGGCAGAAGCGUUUCUCGCGUGUAUGAUCUCAAAGGCGCCGUCUUUUCCCGCUAUGUUCCUGAUGGGGAUGACCCCGACAGGGUCCUCCUAGACCAGAAUUUCAUGCAGGACAUGGGGGUCCACCCGAUCUACGUCAGCGUGAAGACCAAGCGCCUCCUUCAACGGGCCAUCUGGAACGACACCUCCUUCCUCACCGUGAGUUGACCCUCCCCCCCACCCCCACCCCGGAUGCUCUUCAGGGUUGACUUUUUUCUGUCUGCAGUCGAUCGACGUCAUGGACUACUCUCUGCUCAUCGGGGUGGAUCAGAAGCGGCGAGAGCUUGUGUUCGGGAUCAUCGACUACUUGAGGCAGUACACCUGGGACAAGAAGCUGGAGACCUGGGUGAAGGCCUCCUGGGUUCUUCCCAAGAACGAGCUGCCCACCGUCAUCUCACCUAAGGAAUACAGGAAGAGAUUCAGAAAGUUCAUGUCUCAGUACUUUCUGACCAUCCCAGAUGCUUAG